AUGCCCAUCUCACUCACGCCACGGAAGCCUUCCAGCCUUCGGGACAAGGAAAGCGAGCUCCAAAUGCGCAUCAAAGAGCCUUUCAAUGUUGUGGCUGUUGGAGAUUUGAUUCAAACGAUGCCUUUUGCCAACAGAAAUGAUCCAGAUAUCCAAGCUCUUGUCCAACUGAUGCAAAAAUCCGACAUCACAUUUGCCAACAACGAGAAUACAGUUGUGGAUCGCCUCACAUUUCGCGGCCCUAUCGCUCACAUGGAGGCAGACAAGCACAUCGCAGAUGACUGGAAGGAAAUGGGCAUCGAUAUGGUCACAAAAGCCAACAACCACACCUUCGAUUGUGGCGACGCUGGUCUUGUCCAGAACUUCGAGCAGCUUCGCCGCGUUGGUAUUGAAUAUGUUGGCACCGACUACAAUAUCGCAGAAGCGAGACUUGCCCGCUUCAAAACCACUCCCAAAGGCAUCGUGGGUUUCAUUGGAGCUUAUGCCGAAACAGAAGAUCAUUCUCAGCUGUUUGGCAUAUCCGCCAAAGACCCAAUUGUUGUGAAGCCAGACCACCUUGCUCAACUAAGAGCAAUGCGCGAUAACCUUCUUACUCGGCGUGCUGAAAUUAAGACGCCAAUCGGCAUGCCUGAUGCAGACCCUGAAGGAUCUGUGCUUGUUUUUGGACGUCAAUUCAGGCUGCAAAAUGCCAGUGCUGACGCUGAUGAUCAGAUAAACAGUAUUAAACGGCGCUUGGAACACCAUCUGAACUCAAAGGGAACGAUAACCUAUAAGAAUAACUCGGUCCGUCUGAACGUUUGCCACAGCGUCACUACUGAGCAAAUGCAACAGCUGCGAUCCAUUGCAGGUGUCGAUACGAAUGACAGCUCUGAGACUCUCGAUGCUUUUGGUGUUCAUUUCCGAGUCGGUCCAAAGAUAGGAGAGUAUAGCUAUGAGAUGGAGCCCCAAGAUUUCCGCGAUAUUCUUCGCGAGGUCCGUGGUGGGAAACAGUUUUCAGAUUUUCUCAGCGUUACUAUCCAUUGGCAUCAAAACCGUUUCUCUUUCCAGCACUAUUCCUUCGACCAUUAUCCGACAGAUUAUCAGAUCAAAUUUGCCCGUGCAGUUAUCGAUAACGGCGCCGACUUUUUCUUCGGCCACGGCGUUCAUACACUCAAGGGAGUUGAGAUAUACAAGGGAAAGCCAAUAUUCUACGGCAUCUCCAAUUUUGUUUUCCAAAAUCCUCAGUUUCGCUCAUGGCGCGAUGAUGCCGCUGGACGAGCUCCGGCCUCCCUGGAGGGUCCCAUUGUUGGAGAUGGCGAGGCCAAUGAGGUGCGCUGGGCUUGGCUGAAUGAGUCGGAAAAUAGAGAGGCACUGCUCAUAUCGGCUGACUACGCCGACGGAAAGUUAUUGCGUGUAAUGGUCUAUCCGGCAGAUUUGGGGAAAACUCCUCGCAGUGGCUCUAUGACUGGAACGCCCACAAAGCCUACUCUUGAGGUUGCCAACGAAAUUCUUGGCCGAUUUUGCAAGUACUCUGAGCCAUUUGGAACACAAAUUACGAUUGAGGAUGGUGUUGGAGUGGUUCAUAUCCCUUCUGAAUAG